AUGUCGGAGAAAAGUGAAAAAAGUAAAAAAAGCCAUGGCGAAGGCGAUGGCGAAGAAAACGUCAAUGAGGAGGUGGAAAGCAAAGUGAAGCUGCUCAUCCGGAAGCGCGGCCAGUCGAUGGCUAAAGUUACCAGAGCGAGAAAAGUGAUCAUCGAAACCGGACAUGAGCUCACUAAGCCGCAGCUGGUGGUCUACCAGAAGCAGCUAAACCAAUACUACUCCGAGUGGCAUUACUACCACGACCAAAUACUCGAACUCAUCGAGGACGAUGUAGUGCACGACCACAUGGAUAAUUGCGACAAGUUUGAGGAAAAAUACAUGGAAGUGCUGACGGCGCUGGAGGAAGUAUCCAUUUCGCUCGGAGUAUCAACCCACCCAGCGGCGAAUUGGAAUGAAGCAAACCAACAGGCGGAUCGACAGGACAAAAUCAUCAUCCAACAACAGCCGUUGAAAGUCCCGAUGCCAACUUUCGACGGAAAGUAUGAAAAUUGGCCAAAAUUCAAAUCCAUGUUUUUGGAUUUGAUGAGCCGGUCUCGGGACUCCGAUGCCAUAAAAUUAUACCACCUGGAUAAAGCUCUUAUUGGUGGUGCCGCCGGAAUGCUGGAUCCAAAAACGAUCAGCGACAACAAUUAUGCCCACGCCUGGCGCAUAUUGGAGGAGAGAUUCGAAAACCAGCGUGUAAUAGUGGACAACCAUAUUCGUGGUUUGUUGAAUUUGAAAAGGAUGUCCAAGGAAUCCUACACGGAUCUGAGGGAACUGUUGGAUGAGUGUAUCCGACAUGUGGAAAAUCUGAAAUUCCACGGUCAAGCGCUAACCGGAGUAUCCGAGCUCAUGGUGGUGAACCUUCUAACGGGAGCAUUGGAUAAAUACACGCGGAAGCAAUGGGAGUCAACACUGGACCAUGGAGAACUACCGAACUACUACGACACAAUUACGUUUCUCAAGACGCAGUGCAACAUUCUAGAGCGGUGUGAGGCCGCUAGCGAAUCGACAAAAAGUAUUCAACCAAAACCCGCCGCUUCGUCAAAGAUUCCUGCCUACAAAUCUCAUGCGGCUAUUUCGUCUGAGAAGUCUCCACUCGAGUGUGAUUUCUGUGGUGGCGACCACAUCAACUUUAGUUGCCCGGAGUUCCGUAAGCUGAACACAAGCCAGAGAACAGAGAAGGUGAAGACAUCCAGGCUAUGCUUCAAUUGUCUCCGAAAAGGACAUAGUGCCAGAGAAUGUGGUUCAGACAAAUCCUGCGCCCAGUGUAGAAAACGCCACAACACGUUGCUGCAUUUUGAAAACUCACUAUCGUCCAAUUCGUCGAGCCAACUUGUGGAGUCCCUUCCGGAGGAAUCAAUAAACGAGGAACUAAAGCCGGAAGCAGCAUCGACGACUAACUCGGAGGAGCGAGCAAGUGGUUCAACAGUAACGUCGUGCACAUGCAACCAAAAAUCAUCCGAAUCGCAAGUAUUUCUAAUGACGGCCGUCGUCCAGGUGAUGGAUAAUUCCGGAGGAACGCAUCGGUGUCGCAUUCUCUUGGACUGCGCCUCGCAGGUUAACACCAUUCGUGCUGAACUGGCAUCGAAGCUGGGUCUACCAACGAAACCGGUGAGCACUGUGGUAAUCGGUGUAAAUGGUAAGCGAAGCCACAUCACUCAAGAGGUAAGCGUAUCUUUGAAAUCCCUAUACGACGGUUUCCAAGCAAAAGUGGAAUGUCUGGUCAUGGAUCAAGUGACCAGUAGUCUUCCGACCUUAUCGGAUGACAUCGAUUCCUGGGAGCUUCCAUCCGGAAUCCAAUUGGCGGACCCGACGUUCUACGUCCCGGGAGAGGUAGACAUCUUGCUCGGGGCAAAGCAUUUCUGGAGUGCCAUGAAGAGUGGCAAACGCAAACUUGGAGUUGGAUUCCCUGAGCUCCGUGAAACUCAUUUUGGCUGGGUGGUAGUCGGGACUCGUUCGAAGGGAUUUUCUGCUGUUCAAACGUUGAGUUGUAAUGUCCUUUCUCUCCAAGAUCUCAACAGUACCGUCGAACAGUUCUGGGAGCUGGAACAGCUCCCUAGCAGUCCUCUUUUUUCCUCCGAAGAAGUUUCUUGUGAAGAAUUCUAUCAGCAGUCGCAUAAACGAGAUGAAUCUGGUCGCUAUGUUGUUGGUCUCCCUUUCAAAAAUGGUGACAGUGAAUUGGGUGAGAGUCGUACCAUGGCCUUGAGACGAUUUCUGCUACUUGAAAGGCGGUUGGAGCAAAAUCCUGAGCUCAAGCAUGAGUACUCGAAAUUUCUGCGGGAAUAUGAAGAUAUGGGUCACUGUAAAAUCGUGGACGAAUCGAAGGAUGCACCCGGUAGCAAGUCAUAUUACCUGCCGCACCACGCGGUGUUGCGACCGUCAAGUACCUCGACUAAAUUAAGGGUCGUAUUUGAUGCGUCUGCCAAAUCGUCAUCUGGUGUCUCUCUAAACGAGCUGUUAAUGGUAGGUCCUACAGUUCAAGACAGUUUGUUCGCUAUCCUGCUGCGUUUCCGACGAUUCCCGUUUGUCUUCAGUGCCGAUCUCUCCAAGAUGUAUCGACAAAUACGUAUGGAUCAGAACUGCAUCAAUUACCAACGGAUUUUCUGGCGAGAGAAUUCCACGGAUCCGCUCAAGGUUUUUGGUCUGAAUACGGUAACCUAUGGCACUGCUUCCGCACCCUUUCUGGCCACCCGCACUCUCGUCCAGUUAGCAGAGGAUGAACAUGAAAGGUUUCCUGUUGGUGCUCAAAUUUUAAAGGACGAUUUCUAUGUCGACGAUUGUCUCAGCGGAUUUGAAACACUCGAAGAAGCAGCACAGGCCAUCGGUGAGCUCAGAGGAAUCUUGCAUGAAGGUGGAUUUUCAAUUCAUAAAUGGUGCUCGAAUACACAGCAGCUGCUUGAUUUAGUUCCUAGGGAUGAAUGGGAGAAACAAACCGAUAUUGCCGAAAUAUCGUACUCGAACAACAAUCACACCGUGAAGACUUUGGGGUUACUGUGGGAGCCUGAAAAAGAUCAAUUUCUAUUCAGCACGAAUUCUGAUUCUUCCUGCGAUGAUGUCAUACCUACCAAACGAGUGGUUCUGUCCACGAUUGCCAGAAUUUUUGAUCCGUUGGGACUGAUUUCUCCCGUGAUUGUGCUAGGAAAACUGCUAAUCCAGGAUGUAAGCAGGAACAAUCGAAUUGUUUCGAAUCACUUGACCAUCCUUGAGCUUCGCCGAUCGAUGAGGACUCUGGUUGGUUUGAUGCAGCGCACCAGUACACUGGGAGAUGACUACAAACGAGUUCUACGAAGUGAGCCAUGCAAGCAGAUCCAAUCGCUUAAUCCUUUCAUCGACGACGGGGUGCUGAGAGCUAGCGAACUUCAACUUGUCGUCGAUCAUGACCCCCAAUUAUACUUCAGUGAGCACUUGGAGUUGAUCGUGCACCCGCCUCUGGUGACCAUACUGCCUAAUGUUCAGACCUGCGGUUGUUUACCACCACCACCUCCUCCGUUUUGUGGUGCGCAAAUGCCAGCUGUCUUGGCCUCAUCGCCCUGCCCUGGAAAGUGA